AGCUGGCCCGGGGUCUCGGGUUGCGCGCUGGGCCUGGAGGGAGGGGGCGGCCACCGCACGGGUCCGAGUUGCGGCCGCGUGGACUGCGACCCGCGCCGCGCCCUGGGAACGCCGCGCGCCGCGCCCUGGGAACGCCGCUCCCCGCGCGCCAGGGGACCCGGGGACGCCCUUCUGGGGUCCGAGGCCGCGCUGCGGGGCCGCCCACGCUGCGCUCCAGGAGCCAGAGCCCGCAGGGUGGGCAUUGGGACAUGCUGAUCUCCCCUCAAGACAGCUGGCGGGCGCUCUGGUCAUGGAGGACUGCAAUGUGCACUCGGCCGCCAGCAUCCUGGCCUCGGUGAAGGAGCAGGAGGCCCGCUUCGAGAGGCUGACACGGGCACUGGAGCAGGAGCGGCGCCAUGUUGCCCUGCAACUGGAGCGUGCCCAGCAGCCUGGCAUGGUCAGUGGUGGCAUGGGCGGUGGGCAGCCCCUGCCAAUGGCCUGGCAACAGCUGGUCCUCCAGGAACAGAGCCCAGGCAGCCAGGCCUCACUGGCCACGAUGCCGGAGGCACCUGAUGUGCUGGAGGAGACCGUGACGGUGGAGGAGGACCCCGGCACGCCCACUUCCCAUGUGUCUAUUGUCACAUCCGAAGAUGGCACGACCCGGCGCACCGAGACCAAGGUCACCAAGACUGUCAAGACGGUGACCACUCGGACAGUACGCCAGGUGCCCGUAGGCCCAGACGGACUCCCCCUGCUGGAUGGCGGCCCCCCACUAGGCCCUUUUGCAGAUGGUGCCCUGGACCGGCAUUUCCUGCUGCGUGGUGGUGGCCCAGCGGCCACACUCUCUCGAGCCUACCUCAGCAGCGGGAGUGGCUUUCCCGAAGGCCCCGAGCCCCGGGACAGCACCAGCUAUGGCAGCCUGUCCCGAGGGCUGGGCAUGCGGCCCCCACAUGUGGGCCUCCUUGGCCCAGGCCCUGGUAAUGGCUGCUUCACGCUGCCUGGCCACCGGGAAGCCUUCCCGGUGGGUCCUGAGCCUGGGCCACCAGGUGGCCGCUCCCUGCCCGAGCGCUUCCAGGCAGAGCCGUAUGGCUUGGAGGAUGACACGCGCAGCCUGGCCGCUGAUGACGAGGGUGGCCCUGAGCUGGAGCCUGACUAUGGCACGGCCACGAGGAGGAGGCCUGAGUGUGGGCGGGGCCUUCAUACCAGGGCCUACGAGGACACAGCAGAUGAUGGCGGCGAGCUGACGGACGAGCGGCCUGCGUUCCCAACGGUGACGGCGCCCCUGGCCCAGCCUGAACGGGGCAGCCUGGGCAGCCUGGACCGGCUGGUGCGGCGCUCGCCCUCAGUGGAUAGCGCCCGCAAGGAGCCGCGCUGGCGGGACCCUGAGCUGCCUGAGGUGCUGGCCAUGCUGCGGCACCCCGUGGACCCCGUGAAGGCCAAUGCGGCUGCCUACCUGCAGCAUCUGUGCUUUGAGAACGAGGGUGUCAAGCGGCGUGUACGGCAGUUGCGGGGGCUGCCGCUGCUUGUGGCACUGCUGGAUCACCCGCGGGCUGAGGUGCGGCGCCGGGCCUGUGGGGCACUGCGCAACCUCUCCUAUGGCCGCGACACUGACAACAAGGCCGCCAUCCGGGACUGCGGUGGUGUGCCUGCCCUGGUGCGCCUGCUGCGGGCUGCCCGGGACAACGAGGUCCGCGAGCUUGUCACUGGCACCCUGUGGAACCUGUCAUCCUAUGAGCCCCUGAAGAUGGUCAUCAUUGACCAUGGCCUGCAGACGCUGACCCACGAGGUGAUCGUGCCCCACUCAGGAUGGGAGAGUGAGCCCAACGAGGACUCCAAGCCACGGGACGCUGAGUGGACAACUGUCUUCAAGAACACGUCGGGCUGCCUGAGGAAUGUGAGCUCUGAUGGUGCUGAGGCCCGGCGGCGACUCCGGGAGUGUGAAGGGCUGGUGGACGCGCUCCUGCAUGCCCUGCAGUCGGCUGUGGGCCGGAAGGACACUGACAACAAGUCGGUGGAGAACUGCGUGUGCAUCAUGCGGAACCUGUCCUACCACGUGCACAAGGAGGUGCCCGGGGCCGACAGGUACCAGGAGGCCGAGCCCGGGCCCCUGGGCAGUGCUGUAGGCUCCCAGCGCCGGAGGCGGGAUGAUGCCAGCUGCUUUGGUGGCAAGAAGGCCAAAGAGGAGUGGUUCCACCAAGGAAAGAAGGAUGGUGAGAUGGACCGGAACUUUGACACGCUAGACUUGCCCAAGCGAACUGAGGCCGCCAAAGGCUUUGAGCUGCUGUACCAGCCCGAGGUGGUACGUCUCUACCUCUCCCUUCUCACGGAGAGCCGGAACUUCAACACCCUGGAGGCUGCCGCCGGCGCUCUGCAGAACCUCAGUGCCGGCAACUGGAUGUGGGCCACGUACAUCCGCGCCACAGUGCGCAAAGAGCGCGGGCUGCCGGUGCUUGUGGAACUGCUGCAGUCUGAGACCGACAAGGUGGUGCGCGCCGUCGCCAUCGCUCUGCGCAACCUCUCGCUGGACCGGCGCAACAAAGACCUCAUCGGGAGCUACGCCAUGGCCGAGCUUGUGCGGAAUGUGCGCAAUGCACAGGCUCCGCCGCGACCGGGGGCCCGCCUGGAGGAAGACACCGUGGUGGCGGUGCUCAACACCAUCCACGAAAUCGUGUCCGACAGCCUGGAUAACGCGCGCUCGCUCCUGCAGGCACGCGGGGUGCCAGCGUUGGUGGCUCUCGUCGCCUCCAGCCAAUCGGUACGCGAAGCGAAGGCGGCGUCACAUGUGCUGCAGACAGUGUGGAGCUACAAGGAGCUGCGUGGUACCUUGCAGAAAGAUGGUUGGACCAAGGCGCGCUUCCAGUCAGCUGCUGCUACUGCCAAGGGGCCUAAGGGAGCACCGAGUCCUGGGGGCUUCGAUGACAGCACGCUGCCACUGGUGGACAAGAGCCUUGAGGGCGAGAAAACUGGCAGCCGGGAUGUGAUCCCCAUGGACGCGCUUGGCCCAGACGGAUACUCCACGGUGGACCGGAGGGAGCGGAGGCCACGGGCCACCAGCUCUGCAGGAGAGGCCUCUGAGAAGGAACCCUUGAAAGCAGGUGCCUUGAAACACUGGAAUCCGACCCCACAUCCCUCUGGGAUGGGCCUGGAGAGUCCCACAGGGCUUGCAGCUGUCCUGGUGGUGGGUGGCAGUCGUUUCCAGCCCGUGUGCUGCAGAGAAAGCAGGGGGCUUUCACGUGACAGUAUGGACACCACACAGCUGCAAGGUCAGUGAGGUCAGGGGACAGCCCCAAGGUCCGGAGUUGAGCAGGAAGUACCACCAUGAAUCAUGAUGUGUUUUCAUUUAGAAAAAAAAAAAAAUGUCCUAGCAAUGUCAGCUGAAAAGACGUAGAACAAAGCACCACCCAGGAGGAGGACAAUGGCCUAGGCCUCGAGCAGGGCGGCUGCCUUCCAGUCCCAGCCAGGGAGUGCAUGAGUGAGGGGCCUGGGCUCCUGGACUUCUCGGGUUGCGCCAGGGGACUCAGGAGCCCGAUCUGGUCAUCAGGGAUACAGAGACGUCAGCGGACUGAAAGACACCAGACCACUGCACCUGCACGAGUUAAACAGGAAAGAAGGAGGGAAGGGCAGAAAGGAGCAUGGGUCACCUUUGGAGGCUGCCAGGGGCCCACUCCUUUACGAAACUGGUCAAGAGGGGAAAGAAGGCAGCACCUGUCCUGCCUGUCCCCCGACACUGCAAGCCUCCUACCAGCUACUCAGACCACUUGGAGAACUGGCUAAACAUGCAUCAGCAUCUGAGCAGGACUGAAAAUCUAAUGCCAUGGAGAAGUGACAGUGUCAGAGGAGCAGGUGACACUAUGCUGGGGUGGUUUUCAUCUGGCCCACCCUCCUUAGACUCUCCUCCCUUCAAGAGUUGGAGCCUCACAGAGGUUGCAGGGAGCCAAGAUCGCGCCACUGCACUCCAGCCUGGGCGACAGAGCGAGAGACUGUCUCAAAAAACAACAACAAUAACAACAAAAAGUUGGAGCCUCAGACCGAGCACACACCUGUACUCCCAGCACUUUGGGAGGUUGAGGCAAGAGGAUCGCUUGAGGCUAGGAGUUUGAGACCAGUCUGGGCAACAUAGGGAGACCCCAUUUCUACAAAAAAAUUUUAAAUUAGCCAGGUGUAGUGGUGCAUGCCUUUAGUCCUAGCUACUCAGGAGGCUGAGGUGGGAGGAUCACUGGAGCUCAGGAGUUUGAGGCUACAGUGAGCUAUGAUGUCAUCACUGCACUCCAGCCUGGGCACAGAGCAAGACUCUGUCUUUUUCUCUUUAUUUUUUAAGGGGGAACUCAUUCCUCUUUCUUUGGGCGUGGGCUGGACUUGGUGACUAUGGCAGCCCGGUGGAGAGGCCUCCUCAAAGCAGCCCUUGAUUUUGAAUUGCAACCUGCUCCUGAGCCCCUCACCCUCCGUGCCUCCGAUGCUCACAGAACCCACUGAGGGGAUGGCUAGGCCCUCACAAGAGCCAGGCUGUCCCCUAACCCUCUACAAGGGGGCACAGGGCCCCAGCCCUGAGUGUGCAGAUGUGCGUUUAACAAGGACACCCAUUUCCAAUUCAUGACUUCCCGCUUCAUGACUUUGCUUCUUUUGAGAUAAUUACCAGCUUUGCGCAAGCAGUACUGAGAAAACUAUUAGUUUCCUAGUUACUAAACUGCAAUGUUUGCUACUUUUCUAUGAAGGCAGGCCCCUGUAAUUAGCACCCACAUCACAGCUGCUGAAACUCGGCCGCAGUAACGCAGGCCCAGCUGUGGGUGUCUUUCCUGCCCAAGUGAAGCCCAUCUGGCUGAGCGCCUGCUCUCUGCCAUCAGUACCCAAUUGCCAGCAUCAUGCUCCUUUGUCAGGGGUGAGCCCCCCUCCAGCUACCCUGUCUUG